UCAUUUAGCUUUAUAAUAGCAUCGGUUUAUACAUUUAACUGUAAUAUUAUUUUUGAUUUGAUUUUAUUGAAAACAUUGUUGACAUUUGAGUGACAUUUUUGACAUUUUUGAAUUGUGAUUCCAAACCCUUGAACUAGCCUAUAUACACAAACAUAUGUGAGUGGGUGUGACAGAUACUGUUAUCAGACUUGAAACACUUCAGGCUGUUGUUCUCUGGUGCUCCGCCUCCCCUGCAUACUGUUCUGAACAGCCUGUUGAAUCUGUUGCACUUCUGUGUACAUGAAUCCAUCUGGACAUAUUUUGUAAAGUACUCACAUAUUUUGAAGUCUGGCUGGCAUUUGAUCACUCCCACAAUUUCAACAAUGCAUAUUUACAGCAUAUCUGUCAUAACUACACAGAUGCCUCUUGCCCUGUAAUGAUAGCUAUAGGCUGGACUGCUGCUCAGUGUUGGCCUACAGGGUUUAAAAUGGUUCAUGUCAAACUGGAACAUCGCUUUUCUUAUGUGAGACUCACUGCUGUCUCUGAGCUUGCCACAGUUACCUUUAGUCUAGUUUUGACAUGAGCUGAAGUGAGCCAGGUUUUAAUCGUUUCUCAAUGCAUGAUGUGCAACCCUGUUGUGUUCCUUCAUGCAUGGGAGUGGUUUUAGAAGUAAGGCAAAGUGUCCCUCUCUUAAAACAGCAGAAUUUGGGUGAUUUACUGAAAGCUUUGAGGGUUUAAACCCACAGCGUCAAGAUGUCACCGCUGGUUCUUGGAGUUGGUGCUUGCUUAGCCGGGUGGAUCGCUCUUUAUGCUCUGCUCUGCUACACAAAUGGCUCUUGUGGCUAUGAAUGGAACUGUCGGCUGGUUACACUGUUCCACGGAAUCCUGGCAAUCUGCAUAACUGCCUACAUAGGCUACAUAGAUGGACCUUGGCCUUUCAGCUACCCAGGAACAAAGAACACCACCCUCCAAAUCUCAGCUAUGGUGCUCAGUCUGGGUUACUUCAUCUUUGACAUGGGCUGGUGCGUGUACUUUCAGACGGAGGGCUUGGUGAUGCUGGCCCACCACACUGUGAGCAUUCUGGGUAUGCUGCUGACCCUGUGGCUGGGCGAGUCUGGCAUCGAGGCGUGCGCUGUCAUCUUCGGCAGCGAGAUCACCAACCCCCUGCUGCAGACGCGCUGGUUCCUGAAGCACUCAGGCCGCUACGACACCUUCCUGGGUGACCUGGUGGACGUCCUGUUUGUGCUCUUGUUCGUGAUCAUGCGAGUGUUCGUGGGUGGCGCCAUGCUGUACUGUGAGCUGAUCUCACCGAGGCCAAAGUUCUUCAUCAAGUGCGGCGGUGUAGCCAUGUACGUUCUGUCGUGGAUAUUCGUGGUCGACAUCACCCGUUUUGCCUACCAUAAAAGCAGCGUAAAGUACAAGCGCUGGAAGAGCCGUCAUGUACAGGCUGAUGUCAACGGCCAAGAGAUUAAGAGGGAAUAAGAGAGCUCUCCUCAAACUAAAGAGACUGCCUCCAGUUUCUCAACUUGGACAUCAUUCCUACCAGCGAAUACAUCUCUGCAGCUGUUAAAUGUUUACUUGUUCUCAGACAUGAUUUUGUCUAACCUGAUUAACAUUUUUUAUGACUAUGUAAACGUCAUUGCCACACACUGGCUUUUAUUUGUGGUAAAUACAUAGUACUUGUAUUGCUUAAUUGUUAUUAAGCCACACUGAAAUGUUUUGAUAGACUUUUUUAACUUGUGCAAUAUUACAAAGUCAUCACAAAAUAUGACACAUUUUAAGUUUUUUUUUUAAACAGAUGACUAAAACUAAUAAAAAUGCUAAUGAAAGCAAAAAUGA